AUAUCCACUUUCUUUGUCACUCUUUCCCUCUCCUUAUUUCCUCCCCUUCCUCCGUGCGUUCACUCUCUUUCUCUGCCACAAUGGUAUCACUCUCCCUUUCCCCGGGCGUCCUCCCAGCCGCUGCCUCGUUCUCCACCCGCGGCCGGAUCGCUGCACUUCCUUCUUUCCUCAGAUCGCAGAUCGCAGCCCCUUCACCGGCGUCUUGGCGGACUAGGAUUCGCCGCCGACAGUGCGAUCGGUUCUUCGCUUCAUCCGCAGUUCUGGCGGAAGCCCUGCGUGCCGGGGACGAUUUGCCCCACGACUACGAAGCUUGGACGCCGGUCGCGGACCCUAGGCGACGGCGGAGGGCGGGCGUGCUCCUCCAUCCGACUUCCCUGCCAGGUCCGCACGGGAUCGGGGAUCUCGGCGACGAGGUUAUUCGCUUCUUGGAUUGGCUUCAUUCCGCUGGCGUAUCUGUGUGGCAGGUUCUACCGCUUGUUCCACCAGGAAGGAAGUCCAGGGAAGAUGGAUCACCCUACUCUGGCCAGGAUGCAAAUUGUGGUAACACGCUGUUGAUUUCUCUUGAGGAGUUAGUCAAGGAUGGUUUACUGUUGAAGGAUGAACUUCCGGAGCCAAUGGAUAUGGAUCAUGUUGACUUUGAAGCAGUUGCAAUGCUGAAGGACCCUUUGGUCACAAAAGCAGCUGAAAGACUUCUUCUAAGUCAGGGCAUUCUUAAACGGCAAUUCUAUGAUUUUCGAAGGGAUCCUGGAAUUUCAGGUUGGCUUGAAGAUGCAGCUCUAUUUGCAGCAAUUGAUAACAGUGUUAAUGCAUUUUCCUGGAAUGAAUGGCCUGAACAAUUGAAAAAUCGACAUCUUGCAGCUUUGGAAGAUGUGUAUCAAAAACAAAAAGACUUUAUAAAUAUCUUUAUUGCUCAGCAGUUCUUGUUUCAAAGACAGUGGCAAAGGGUUCGUCAGCAUGCACAAACAUUAGGAAUUAAAAUUAUUGGAGACAUGCCUAUUUAUGUAGGUCAUCAUAGUGCAGAUGUUUGGGCUAAUAAGAAAUCAUUUUUACUGGAUAGAAGUGGUUUUCCUAGACUUGUAAGUGGUGUCCCACCAGAUGCCUUCAGUGAAACUGGGCAACUAUGGAACAGUCCUUUGUAUGAUUGGAGGUCUAUGGAGGAGAAUGGUUUUGCUUGGUGGAUACAGAGAAUCAGGCGUGCUCUUGACCUUUAUGAUGAAUUUCGGAUAGACCACUUUCGAGGGUUAGCUGGCUUUUGGGCUGUCCCUGCCGAAUCUAGUAUCGCAAUGUUUGGAAGCUGGAAAGUUGGACCAGGGAAAGCUUUCUUUGAUGCUGUCUUUAAAGCUGUUGGGGAUAUUGAAAUAAUUGCAGAGGAUUUGGGGGUAAUAACACAAGAUGUGGUUCAGCUAAGGAAGGAUAUCGGUGCUCCUGGCAUGGCGGUUCUCCAGUUUGCCUUCGGAAGUAAUGCGGAUAACCCUCACCUGCCUCAUAACCAUGAAGAGCAACAAAUUGUAUAUACAGGCACACAUGAUAAUGACACAAUCCUAGGAUGGUGGGAGGUCAUUGGCGAGGAGGAGAAGGAUACUGUGAGGAAGUAUCUUUCCUUGGCUGAUGACACUGAUAUAUCAUGGGCUCUGAUUCAAUGUGCUCUCUCUUCAGUAGCACGGACUGCUAUCAUAACGAUGCAAGACAUCCUUUGUCUCGGAAGUAAUGCUAGGAUGAACACACCCGCAACACAGUUGGGGAACUGGAAGUGGAGGAUACCAAGUUCGAUAAGGUUCAACAACCUAAAUCCUGAAGCAGAGAAGCUGAAGGGCCUCAUUUCUAUGUACAACCGGCUGUGAUGUUAAAUUAACCUUGUGCACACGUGGGUUCAUCUGAUCGAGACUUUCUAUAUUUUCAUUUGAUUGAGUUUUUUUUUAUUCCCAUUUUGCUCUAGAGGGAGAGUUGAAUCGAAAUCAAGCAAAACAUAUAUUUACAUUUUACAUUUAACAUCACAUAUAUAUAGAUUCUUAAUUUGUGUAGCAAA